GCGUUCUCGCACUCCCUCGCACACAGACGGCCACCGCUCGCGCUCGCGUUCGUCAUCGCUCUCGCUUGACGAGAUGCUCCUCCAGGUCGCCACUGACGACCGCUCCCGCGCUGGCUCCCCCACCGGCACCCCCCUCGCGCCCUCAGCAUCUGCCGGCGCCCUAGGCGGCCGUGCACCCUUCUACCGCGCGCCUUCUCCCGACUACCCACUCCCCGGCCUGCGCGCGCGCGGGAGCAUGCACCCAUCCACCGCGCACCCCGCCCCGCCGCCGUCCCACCCGCACCCGUCACUACCCUCGGCGCAGCGCAGCCCCGCUCACGGCCCCGCGCUCCAAAGCUACCAGACGCACGUAUUUGCGCCACCCGUGACGGGCCCCCCAGGGAAGAAGCUCGCAGGCACCGCCUCGCCAGGCGCCGUGCCCGCUACGGUUGGGGCGAAGACGAACGGCAACGGCAACGGCAACGGCAUUGACUUGCCCCGCGCGGCGCUUGCGCCCACCGGUGGGUCGUACCCGCCCACGAACGACAAGGGCCAGCGCAUCUGCCGCCAGUGCGGCCUUCCCGGGCGCUACAAGGACGGCAAAUGCGUCGAAAAAUGGGGGCCCGGGCCUGAGGGCCCCGGCACCGUGUGUGAUCGGUGCCGCAAAAAGAUGAAGCGCGUGGAGCGCCGCGGGACAAUGCCUGGCCCCGGCACGGCGAUCGCCGUGAGCGCGAGUCACGCCGCGCUGGACGGCGCGCCCGCGUCGGGCGCGCACCCGCACAUGCACCUGCACCCGCACGCAUCGUUCCCCGCACCGCAUGCACACUCUAGUAACGGGCGGAACGGUCUCGGCACCACGAGCAGCCUGCGGCGCACGGACACGGUGCUCGCGAGCCCGCCGGUGCGGCUCGUGAAGCACGAGGCGGGCGGCGCGGAGGAGGGCUCGCGGUCGCCCGAGGGGCGGAGCAGCGCGUCGUCCGCACGGGCCACACAUCUGCGCGUGCAUUCACACUCGCACCGCGCGCUGGCGGGGAGCGGGGACGAGGACGUAGACGCGGACGGGAGCACAGACGAGCUGGAGCACGACGUUGAGGGGGAGGGGGAGGGGGACGCGAUGGUCGUGGACCCUGCGGCCGCGGCAGCGGUGGGCGGCGUCAAGCGGAGCAAGGCGUGGAAGCGCGGGUAUGCGCGCGGCGGGGAGGUGGACGAAGAGCUAGAGCUGCUCGAGGCGGUCGACGCGGCGGAGAAGGCGAGCGCGGGGAGCGAGUACGUGAAGCUCGAGGCGUGA